GUACAGACCCCGGUUCGAAUCGCAUAAAAUUAUUUUUGCUGCAAUGCUAUUUAUACAGAAUAUUCUCGUUCUCGAUUCUUUUCCUCAAUCUCCAGCGAUGAACCACAUGCCCGUCUCUGCAGAUCCUGUUGAAGAUAACAGUGCUGGAAGUGAUUCCGAUACAAAUCCGGAUGAUGCGCCGGAAUACUACCAGCCAAUUUCGCCAAACGAUGAGGAAGACUCAAAUUCAAAUUCAGAGACUGAACAACUCAACUCAGACGAAGAUCACCGUGGAUCAAACACCUCUGCUCAUGGUUUCGGCAACCUACCGAACGGUUAUUCCUUGCAUCAAGGGGAUAAUGGAAUCUCAUCGCUACAUCUUAGGGACACCCCAGAAGAGCCAAAGAAUAGUAGCAGCGACGAUGAUGAAGAGGAGGACGAAGAGAAUAGGAUGAGAGCGGCUUCUGAUUCAGCGAUGCUAAGGGCGUUUAGAGAGAACGAAAGCCGAAGACGCGCGCCUUUGACCCCUGAAAACGCGAUGCGAGUGAGGGAGGCAAUGCGGGGAGUCUCAUUCGGUGGAGUGGCUCCUGACUGGGCUCGCGCUGUGCCUGAGGACCAGUGGAUCAAUCAGCUUCGGCGGCUUACGCCACCCAGAGGAACCUCGAAUUCCUGAAUUCUGACUAGUAUUUGAGAACUUAGGAGGCUCCGACAGUUUAGUUUCCUAUUAUCUUGUGGCCGCAAUGAAUGCGUAUGAGAUGUUUGUUGAAUUGCUUGAUUUUGAUUUUGUGUUCAGUAUGCUGCUUUUGAGUCUGUUGCCUACUUCUUCA